AUGACAAUGAUGAAGGAUUGGAUUGAGUUAAAGAACUUUGAUGUCGAGAAUGGCUUUUCUCCAGGACGAAGUCCCCUUGGUUCCCAGGCCAAUCUGGGCCUGGGACUUGUUUUACAAGGCACAACGCCCCACAGCCAACGUCGGGAGUCCUUCCUCUACCGAUCGGACAGUGACUAUGACUUCUCCCCGAAAGCCAUGUCCCGCAAUUCCUCCGUCAGCAGUGACAUGCAUGGAGAAGACAUGAUUGUUACUCCUUUUGCACAGGUCUUGGCCAGCCUGCGGACAGUUCGCAGCAACUUUGCUGUCUUGACCCACCUCCGGGAUCAUGUCUGCAACAAGGGGACUCCUCCCUCUGGGCCCAGCCAGUGAUGCUCUUUGCAUUUCAUAGAGGAUGCCUACCAAAAGUUGGCUAUCGAGACCUUGGAAGAGUUGGACUGGUGCCUGGAUCAGCUGGAGACUUUGCAAACACGUCAUUCAGUCAGUGAGAUGGCUUCCAACAAGUUUAGAAGAAUGCUCAAUCGGGAACUGACACACCUCUCGGAAACAAGCCGUUCUGGAAACCAGGUAUCCGAGUACAUCUCCAACACAUUCUUGGACAAGCAGCAUGAGGUGGAAAUCCCAACCUCUGUUCCCAAAGAAAAAGACAAGGAGAAAAAGAAGCAGCCAAUGUCACAGAUCAGUGGUGUGAAAAAACUGAUGCAUGGCUCCAGCUUCAGUUGUGCUGUCAUCCCUCGUUUUGGAGUAAAAACGGAUCAGGAAGGGCCAUUGGCUAAGGAGCUAGAAGAUGUGAACAAAUGGGGCCUUGAUGUAUUCAAGAUUGCAGAGUAUUCUGGCCACCGCCCACUAACAGUCAUCAUGUACAGCAUCUUCCAGGAAAGGGACUUGCUGAAAUCUUUUCAAAUUCCUGCGGAUACCUUCAUCACAUUCAUGAUGACCCUGGAAGAUCAUUACCAUGCUGAUGUUGCCUACCACAACAACAUUCAUGCAGCUGAUGUUGCCCAAUCCACACACGUAUUGCUUUCAAUGCCAGCUCUGGAGGCUGUUUUCACUGACCUGGAGAUUUUGGCUGCCAUUUUUGCAGCUGCUAUCCAUGAUGUUGACCAUCCUGGCGUUUCUAACCAGUUCCUGAUAAAUACCAAUUCAGAACUGGCACUAAUGUAUAAUGAUGCAUCGGUGUUGGAAAAUCAUCAUUUGGCAGUAGGAUUCAAACUCUUACAAGAGGAAAACUGUGAUAUUUUCCAGAAUCUUUCUAAGAAGCAAAGACAAAUGCUCCGGAAGAUGGCCAUUGACAUGGUGCUGGCAACAGAUAUGUCAAAACAUAUGAAUCUUCUGGCUGAUCUGAAGACAAUGGUAGAGACCAAGAAAGUGACAAGCUUGGGAGUCCUGCUUUUGGAUAACUACUCCGAUCGCAUUCAGGUUUUGCAGAAUAUUGUACACUGUGCAGAUCUCAGCAACCCCACAAAACCACUAGAGGUCUAUCGCCAGUGGACGGACCGAAUCAUGAUAGAAUUCUUCCACCAAGGAGAUCGUGAGCGGGAGAAGGGCAUGGAGAUUAGCCCAAUGUGUGAUAAACACAAUGCCUCCAUAGAAAAGUCUCAGGUGGGAUUCAUUGAUUAUAUUGCUCAUCCGCUUUGGGAAACCUGGGCUGAUUUAGUUCAUCCUGAUGCUCAGGACAUUCUGGAUACUUUAGAAGACAACCGAGAAUGGUAUCAGAGCAUGAUUCCUCACAGUCCUUCACCUCCCCCAGAUGCAUCAGAUUUAGAGAAAAGUGGAGGAGACAAAUUCAAUUUUCAGCUUACUUUAGAAGAAGAAGAUGGAGAAGAAUCAGAUAUUGAACCAGAGAUUGAGAGCCCUUUGGAAGAGGAUAAUAGUGAAUCCAAAACCUUGGGGACAACCGAUGAUUCAGAAUCUGCAAACGAGCCAUUGCCUUCUCCAACAGACAAAUUGGGCAGCCCCCACAGAAACGUCCUAAUCAAACAAAAGGGUGCACUGAACUUUGACAACCAAAGAACACUUUUACAGACGGACAGUGGUUCCAUAGCAGACCCAGCUGAGUUAGCAAGAAGAGAGAGCCUGACUGAUGCACAAUCAUGUCUUGACAUGGAAGGAAAUAUCACCUUUUUGCCUCUUGGGACGUAGUGAAGGGAAGGCCAGAUGAUGAUUACAUUCUGGCAGGGCCAGAAGGGGAUCACCCCAAAUCUUGCUGCCAGCAACCUAUGAUUUCACUCCCCAUUGUAAGGGAGUGUUACUAUUAACAUUUUCUUCCUCAAAGAAAUCUGUAGCU